AUGAAAAAUGUACUAGAUACUAAUUUUGUAACAAAUGACACUUUCAACAGAACAAAUGACACUGUCAACAGAACAAAUGACACUGUCAACAGAACAAAUGACACUUUCAACAGAACAAAGGACACUUUCAACAGAACAAAUGACACUUUCAACAGAACAAAUGACACUUUCAACAGAACUAAUGACACUGUCAACAGAACAAAUGACACUUUCAACAGAACAAAGGACACUUUCAACAGAACAAAUGACACUUUCAACAGAACAAAUGACACUUUCAACAGAACAAAGGACAUUUUCAACAGAACAAAUGACACUCACAACAGAACAAAUGACACUGUCAACAGAACAAAUGACACUUUCAACAGAACAAAGGACACUUUCAACAGAACAAAUGACACUUUCAACAAAACAAAGGACACUGUCAACAGAACAAAUGACACUGUCAACAGAACAAAUGACACUUUCAACAGAACAAAGGACAUUUUCAACAGAACAAAGGACACUGUCAACAGAACAAAGGACAUUUUCAACAGAACAAAUGACACUGUCAACAGAACAAAGGACAUUUUCAACAGAACAAAGGACACUGUCAACAGAACAAAUGACACUUUCAACAGAACAAAUGACACUUUCAACAGAACAAAGGACAUUUUCAACAGAACAAAUGACACUGUCAACAGAACAAAUGACACUGUCAACAGAACAAAUGACACUUUCAACAGAACAAAGGACACUUUCAACCGAACAAAUGACACUUUCAACAGAACAAAGGACACUGUCAACAGAACAAAUGACACUUUCAACAGAACAAAGGACACUUUCAACAGAACAAAUGACACUUUCAACAGAACAAAUGACACUUUCAACAGAACAAAGGACACUGUCAACAGAACAAAGGACAUUUUCAACAGAACAAAUGACACUGUCAACAGAACAAAGGACAUUUUCAACAGAACAAAGGACACUGUCAACAGAACAAAGGACAUUUUCAACAGAACAAAUGACACUGUCAACAGAACAAAGGACAUUUUCAACAGAACAAAGGACAUUUUCAACAGAACAAAGGACACUGUCAACAGAACAAAGGACAUUUUCAACAGAACAAAUGACACUGUCAACAGAACAAAUGACACUGUCAACAGAACAAAUGACACUUUCAACAGAACAAAUGACACUUUCAACAGAACAAAGGACACUUUCAACAGAACAAAUGACACUUUCAACAGAACAAAUGACACUUUCAACAGAACAAAGGACAUUUUUAACAGAACAAAUGACACUUUCAAAAGAACAAAUGACACUUUCAACAGAACAAAGGACAUUUUCAACAGAACAAAGGACAUUUUCAACAGAACAAAGGACAUUUUCAACAGAACAAAUGACAGAUUCAACAGAACAAAUGACACUUUCAACAGAACAAAGGACACUUUCAACAGAACAAAUGACACUUUCAACAGAACAAAGGACACUGUCAACAGAACAAAGGCCAUUUUCAACAGAACAAAUGACACUUUCAACAGAACAAAUGACACUUUCAACAGAACAAAUGACACUUUCAACAGAACAAAUGACACUGUCAACAGAACAAAGGACAUUUUCAACAGAACAAAGGACACUGUCAACAGAACAAAGGACAUUUUCAACAGAACAAAUGACACUGUCAACAGAACAAAGGACAUUUUCAACAGAACAAAGGACACUGUCAACAGAACAAAGGACAUUUUCAACAGAACAAAUGACACUGUCAACAGAACAAAGGACAUUUUCAACAGAACAAAGGACACUGUCAACAGAACAAAGGACAUUUUCAACAGAACAAAUGACAUUUUCAACAGAACAAAUGACAUUUUCAACAGAACAAAUGACACUUUCAACACAUAUUAA